AUGACGGGCGGUUCGUCGUCGGCCAACGCGUCGCAACCGGAAGAGGUGUGCUUCGUGUGCUCCGACAUUUCGACCGGUUAUCAUUACGGAGUGCCUUCUUGCAAUGGAUGGUACGUUUUUUUUUUAAUUUUAAACGGAUAAAGCUCCAAUUGUCAUGCUUUUGCGCUUAAAACAAUCGUUUUGGCGUAUUUAUCGAUUUUUCCAAAAAAUCGCAAAAAUAAAAAGUUUCCAGCAAAACCUUCUUCCGCAGGACAAUAAUGAAGAACCAAACGUUUCAAUGUCAAUUCAACGGAAAGUGUCCGGUCGACAAAAGUGAGUAAUCACAGUUUUGCCACUAAAAACCUCGAAAAAUCGAUAUUUUUGCAGGUAUCCGAUGCGCGUGUCGUCAUUGUCGCUUCGAAAAGUGCAUUCAGGUGGGAAUGGACCGGAACGCGAUCCAACAGAACCGCGAUCCGAUCGGAUACACGAAGAGAACGAGACGAUAUCCGCCGAUCAAGAAGGUCGAGGCGAGCGAGGAGUGCUCUCCGGCUCAGGUAGCCUUUUUUUUGUUGGAAUUGCUAAGCCAAAGCGGAGAUUUUUGUGAAAAAACGUUGGGAAUUACAGAUUUCGGACAGCGACCGCAACGAAGACCUCUUUCUGUCGCACCUGGCGGCCACCGAGCAAAAGUGUGGAGCUCUGAGGCUCGCAGAGUUCAUGCCCUCGCGGAACCUUCUCGAAGCCGUCGUCUCGCCGUGUCUCCUUUCCGAUGAAGCGUUCAUGGCCGAGCACGCGGUUCUGGUAAGCGUGUAACUUUGGAAUGAGACGUUUUUAGACUAAAUUAUUAAAUUUUAUACAUUUUUUGCAGUUGAUAACAUUUUGGCCGAAACAUUCGUUCUCGAGAUAUAAUGAGGCUAUUCAGCGUAUGUUUGUUUUCCGUUUUUUUUACAUCGCUGAAUUGGAUUUUUUGAGGUAAACGGAAAAAAAUCAUUUUUUUCACAGCCUGAAUAACCCCAUAAGCCUUCAAAAAUAGAACUCUAUUGAGCUUAUAACUCAAGAACGAAGCAUUUUGGAACAAAAUUGAACAUUUUUGCAGUUGACAGUUUAUAACAUUUUGAACAAAUCAAGGGCACCGAAGCAAAAAAUGCAAUUUCAGUCGCCACGUCACCGCAUCAACACGCUCCGCUUCGCCACACAAACCGACUACCACUACUGGCACGAGCGCGACUGGUUCGUGAUGAUCGAGUGGGCGAAGACUCUGCCCGUCUUCCAGACCCUUCCCUUUCCGGACAAGGUAGGCGUCAGAGUUGAGCGGAAGAACUCAACGGAAGAACACGGAACAAUUUUUAUCUGUUUUAGAAAAUUUUUUCAUGAAAUGUGAUCAACUGACGAAAUGUAGAGCAAAGUGAACUCUGCUCAUAGAAAAAUAAUUGUAAAUUUAGCUUUUCAUACAAAAAAGUUAUUCGAGACGGAAGACGGAAGGACAUUUUCACGGAACAACUCGAAUAACUUUUUUGUAUGAAAAGCUAAAUUUACAAUUAUUUUUCUAUGAGCAGAGUUCACUUUGCUCUACAUUUCGUCAGUUGAUCACAUUCCAUGAAAAAAUUUUCUAAAAAAGAUAAAAAUUCUUCCGUGUUCUUCCGUUGAGUUCUUCCGCUCAACUCUGGUAGGCGCCACAGAAACCUCUUCAAAAAAGCCGAUCGUUUUGUAGCUGGCACUUCUCCGCCACUCGGCCAUCACCUACCCAUCGCUGGUUCACGUCUUCAACUCGCCGGACCACGGUCUCGACACGAUCGUCUUCCCCGACGGCGCCUACUUUGACCGUACGCCCGAACCGACGAGGUACCUACCAACCACACUAGUCGCCUCGCUUUAAACACAUUCCGGUUCCACUUCAGACCGCUGGGAUUCAACAAAAAAAAGUACCAAAUGCUCGAUCAGUUGCUCAAACCGAUGAGGUCAAUGGACAUUGACAUCACCGAAUUCGCCGCCUUCAAAGCCAUCUUCUUUCUGAAUCCGGAUGCCGAUGACGUGGAUUCGGCGGCGAAAAAGCUGUUGAGCGACGGGCGAUCGUCGAUCACGAACGCGUUGUACCGGUACAUGGUCAAAAAGAAGGGAGCCGAGGACGCCGGAGAUCGGUACGCCUCAAAAACCAAGGAUAAAUUUUCAAAGACAGUUCAGAUUCGGUCGUCUGCUCCUGCUUGGCACGGUACUCGCGACGAUGGCCGUCGAAAUGAAGGAGGCGGUGCUCGUUGCCGACUUUUUCGAUCAAAUCCAAUUCUCCACGUUUGCAAAGCAACUUUUGUUCGGCAUCAAAAAUGAGCCUCAAUAA